AUGUCCUCCCACGUCGUACGGGACGUCGUCUCGUCGUUGCGCUCGUCAGGACCAUCGACAUUGAACUGGCUUUUUCUCGUCGAGAGUGUCGUCGUCGUCAUCCUCAUCGUCUUUCAUUUCUUCUACUCCAACCGUCUACUCGGCUUUGUCGUUGGGUGGUACCUUCGUCGGAGGUACUGGAAGAGUACCAACAGCUAUUUCGAGAUCGGCGGCAUCUCCUUCUCGCUCCUCGGCGGAAGGAUCAACUUCUCGGACGUGCGCUACAUUAGUCGCAACCAGUCGUUCCAUGUUGUUAGAGGCUACAUCAUAUGGAAGUACUGGUUACGCAACGUCCGGUCUGAGGAACACGCACUCGGAGGUAGAUUCUGCAUCACGCGCUCAGAUUUGUUCGCCAACGACUGACAAACCACCGCCUUCUAACAUCCCGCAGACACCAACCUCCCUUGUCGAUUUCAAGUUUCACUCCACGGUGCUGAACUCUUCCUUUACAACCGAACACCGCACUAUGACGAGAUCCUGUCCAAACUUGGCAUUCACGAACCCGAAUCGGUGUGGUCGCGCGGGCACGAACGAGCGACGUCCCGGGAUGGUCUCCUUCCCCCUCUGGACUCUUCGACUUCGUCCUCUUCCUCACUCCCCAACUCCGAGGAGGCGAUCAAAGAAGCGACCCCUCAGCAGAGCUCGACAGUACUUCCGAGGGAACUGGGCAGCGCGGAGACCGCGGCACAGAAGCAGGCCAGCGACGAGAGCGGACACGAGAAGGGCACCGACUGGUGGAGGGAGGCAUUGCCAGUCGACUUUCGCUGUCAGACAGGCUCGAUCGUCAUGGGCAAUCCCUCGACACCGUCCCUCUUGAUCGCCGGUUUCAACCGAAUCGACGGAGUUUACUCGGCAUCCAAGGUACGUUCAGUAGCUCCUGUUGCCGCCGGGAACAGCAAAGCGAGAUGCUGACUGCACGGAUAUUCUCACGCACGCAGUCGCGAUCAGAGCUAGAUCAUUACAAGGAGUCAUACCGAAUGGUCUUCGUGCAACCCAAGAUUAUCUAUCGGAUGAAUCCCGACUACGUCGGUCCGUUGGACGUGCACGGCGCCGGAGUGCUAGACAAACUCAAGACUGCACCGAGCUUCUUCCUCGGCCAAUUUUUGAACCGUCCCGCGGAUCACGCGACUUUGGGCUCGUUUCGCGAGUUGCUGCGCAAGAUCCCACAGUUUUCGGAAAAGGCACAAGCGGCGAAGGAGAGCGUGGACUCUGAUGCAGCUGAAGAUUGGUCCGGAUUACCACGGUACCAAAACUCUGUCGACAAGGACGGUGUUGCGAAGCAUCCAGCAUUGGAUCGCCGUGAGUACGCAAAGGUGACAACGCUUCUCACGUGCCCUGAGAUGGAGCUCAACUACUAUUGCGACGUCGCGGGCAAAGUACCAGCUGAGCCGCGGAUGGUCACGGGCUUGGCGGGGCUCGAAUCAUGCGACAUUGGCAAUGGCAACCUGAGUCCCGAGUGGGGCAUCGACGUCGUCGUUCGAGGCGGAGCGGUCACCUACGGGCCGUGGGCAGAUCGACAACGAGCCGAAAUCCAAAAAGCUUUCCUUCCGUCGACGUUCUUCACGACCGUCCUGACGCCUCGACUCCGCGCUGGUCAGGAUCGCAUGCAUCUCGCGAUGAAGAUCUUCGUCGAGUUCACGGAUGGGACGACGUGGCAAGUGCCGACCCGCGAGCCGUCUCGGGAUUGGAAGCACGACUCUGUCGACUCCGGGUCCGGCUUAGGAGGCGAUGCAACGGCGCGAGCGUAUGGCUGGCUGGGCAUCGAAAUGGGGCCAAAAUCAACAUUAUCAGUCGUUAUCCCGAUGGUCGCCACUGCUACCGGAUACGAUCAACAAGUCGAAGUUCAUUUGGACGAAAUCAGCAUCACGUCAAGCGUCAACUACGCACCGUUCCUUCGUGCGCAAUCCAGCCGCAUCUUCGUGGCAAUGCCCUCUCCCCUAGCCUGGAACGCUGCGCGGACAUGGGAUAUCGAUAUCUCGCUUGCCAAACCCGAGAUAUCGCUGCUGCGAGACCACAUCACUCUCUUGACGGACGUGGCAAAGGACUGGACCAGCGGGCCACCUGGCGACUACGAUCAUUUCGUACCUUUCGUGUACUCCCUCAAUUUUGGCCUGACCGACUACGUGCUGCGUCUCUAUGUCAAUGACCACAACAUCAUCAGCAAUGCCGUCAUCGACGACGACAACGCUUUGCUUUUCGCCAAAGGCCCCCGUCUGACGGGAACGGCGUCGAUCCCUUCGGACAAGUAUCGCAUGGACUGCUCGGUGAUUCCCUUCCACAUUCUCUUCACCGGCCUGGCGCUCGGUAUGUCGCUGCCCAACUGGAACACACACAGCGCUUUUCUGACCGAGCGGACUUCCACGUUCGCCACCGCACCCGAGCUCACCAUCGACGGAUCCUAUCGAUUCUAUGCCGGCGCGCAUCCUGACCACGUCGAGCGGCUCGCCUUGGACGUCGCCUGCCAUGACGUGAUAUUCAAAACGCUCGGAUGGGUCGUCCGUUACUUGUUCAACCUCAAAGACAAUUAUUUUGGGUCUUUUACCCACUUUGUGACCCCCAAAGACUAUCGCUACCGCAUGCAACAAGAAGGAGCCGUGCAGGGUGACCCACUGGAGCAGAAAUGGCGCCCCGGCCAAGUCGAUGUCUUCGAAGUCGCGGUCCGGCUCGAUUUGCAGCGCGGUAUCAUGCUCCUCCCUCAAUCCAUAUACGACUGCGAUGAUGCGAUCGCAAUCGUUCUUCCUCAACUCCAGGUCGAUCUGCGCAAUCACGAUUACUACAUGGAGAUGGCCGCGAACGUGGACCCGUGUCGCAUCAUGAACAUGGUCAACAGCGCAGCCGUGUUAGCGACGUGUGACUUCGCCUCCUUACUCGGAACCCCUGACUGCAUUCACGUCCAAGGGCUCGAGGUCAUGGCCGAUCGCCUCUUCGGACCUCAGCCUCGCACGGCAACCUAUAUUUGUAUUUGGUCGAUCAACGUCGGUGCGGUCUACGGCUCGAUCCCGCCCUCGAUCCUGCAGGCACUCUCGCGAGCGGGUACGACUGUGUCCAUCAACUUUGUCGACAACGACAAUGCGCUCCCGCCAGACCUUACCAUCGCUGUGGAUCCGGAUGCGACGUUUGUCACCGUCGACUUCCAUUCGAUCGACCUCGCGGUGCGGGGCCAAACCACCGCGAUCCAGCUCGACGUUCCGGGCGGGAUCGCCAUCAAGUUCGACGACUUGCCCGAACCGCCCUAUCUCAAGCACGUCGAUGUCGAUAUUCCAACGGUCAUUCUGCGUGCCCUCACACCGGUCUUUGGGCGGGCGGCUCCUUGGAUGGAAGUCGCCUCGAUCGAUACCGACCUGUCUGUCGUUGUCGGCAUGACGGGUAAAGGCUGGGAGCAGAAGGCGCAGACACAGCGCUCGUUCAUCGCAACCCAAGACGAACCCACACAGCGAUGCCCUUUCCUUUAUAGCAAGAACGAAGCAGGAGGUGAGACACCAGCCUUUCUUUCGUUGUUUGCGCUCCCUAUAGCUCACCGUGUGCUUUCCUGCAGUAUCCUCCCACAUCGGUGGACUCUUUGUUCCCGCCCUCGACACACCUGCGCGCGGUCACGGGCCCAUUCGCAGCAGGUCAGAGCUCGUUGACGUCAACAACAAGUCAGUCAUCAUAAGCCAUAAUACUCGGCCAAGUCUGUCGAACAGUCGAUUGACUCUCUGACUCUGUGGUGACCCGCGCUUUUGUAGCUCAACCCGCGGUUCCAUGGCAAGUGUUUCCGAUGAGAAAGACGGGGACUCGGAGUACGAAAGCGAGACUUCAACUAUGGACAGCGAGAAGUCAAUGGCUAGCACUGAUGGUGAGUCCCUCAAAGCUGUGUAUGAAAACCAGUGGAGCUGAUAUGUCGUUCGAUCCGGCAGAUGACGGCGAUUCGCAACGCGACGAGUUCGUGUUUGGUGGAGAGCGAGGUGGUCGCCUCAGUGCUUAUGGGGCCGUCCUACGCCUGUGCAAGCGUAAUCCCGAGUCAACCUAUCUUGACCGGCCCACCUUUGCUCGUUUGCCGGCUGCCAGCGACGACGCAAGGCCAGCACCGCCUAAUGACCUCGAUACACCCGCCACCCGGGCCAAAUCGCGGCUCCGAACCUUUGCGGCGUACGAUGCCAAGACCCCUGGAGACAAGACCGCGAUCGACCUGACUUGCCGGCAGCCGAUCCGUAUCGUAUUAACGCCAGUGGCUGCUCAAGUCGGUGCAGACGUACUCGAAGGCAUCAAACUGGAUACCAAUUUCGAGCACUCUCUCGAUGAACUUUUCGACGGAUACGUCACGUCUCAGAAACAAGCUCCCACGGUCCGUUACGUCGAGCUCGAGGUUCGAGCCCACGCUCCGUCGAUCCGGAUGGAGAUCAUUCAGGAUGUUCUGCGCCCGGAGGCGGUGAUCUCGAUCCGCCCACAGGCACCGAACGAAGUACUGCGGGACACGUUCCAGUCGACCGUCUUGUGCACUGUGGAGCUGGCGCUCAAUGACGUCGUGUUCGCCUACCGACACGUCGAGGACCACUUUGGAGGUGCCGAGUCCGUGGACAGGCCCCUCAAGCCGAUCGUCGUCGUGUCGCAAUUCUCCGGAUCGGCGGCGUGCACGCGGCUGCAGGUGUUCCACCCUGAAAAGACCGCAACCUACCUGAAUCCGACUCGCAAAAGCCAUAUCCUGCCUUCGCUCGAUCAGACGCCUCGCCUACGGCCGACCGCGUUGGACCUCUCCUUCGGAGUCUGUUCGGCUGGGAUCGACCUCUCGACGGACCAGGCCCAAGUGAUAUUGAGAGGAGGUGACGCACGACUGGAUUUUGUUGACGAGGCCGCCGAGCUGAUUAUCGGCACAGUGUGGAGUUGGCGCGUAGUCCACGAUUUCACUGGACCGCUCACUGAGCGAACGCUGCGACGCAAGCUUCUCUCCCGUCGUCUGGUCUGGGCAAUCGCAGAAGCUGCCAGCGCGCAGGGAAUCGCGUCCUUCCCCACCUUUCUCAACCGUGCGACCUCGCUCAUAUCUGGCACCAGUCUACGCACGGAUGACGGCUGGAAAACCUUGCACCACCUGCGCCACUGCCUGCGCCUGUCGCACGACGAGGUGCAACGGCUGAUGAGUAACGAGGAGGUUUGGCCGUCGUCGCAAAAGCUCUACGACAUGCUCGCAACCUUGGUCUCGCAAUGGCAGAGCUGGAGGAUCGACACAGGUGAUAUGAGUCAGUCGGCCUUCCUGGCCGACUUGUUCGAUGCUGCGUCACCGACCAUGCCUCUUGAUGCGAACUUUGAUGCGCAACAAUCGAUCGCUUUCUCAUGGAACAAGCCGGUCGUGCUUGAAUGGGAUCAAGGACAGCUCGAAACACGACUCUGGACUGGCGCCAGCUCUGGUAAUCGGCUGCGCAUAGGUCCUCUGAGUGCCUCGAUCAAAUCCACAGGAGACGAAGCCCCUGGUAAACCUGUACGUCUCGGAGGACACGUCACCCUCUAUGGGACCGAAGCCAAGGUCGACCGCGACCUCUUGGUCCUCGUUCGACACAUCGUGGGCGUAAGACACACGUUCGAGCGCAAGCUGCAGGCCUUCGCGGAGCAACUGGAAACGUUCAAAAAAUCGGCUAGGGAAAGCGGUGACGCCGCCAGCAUCGUGACUCAAAGCGAUCUGCUCGCGUCUCUUCCAUCCCUCGAGUUUGGCAUUACGCUCGGGCUGAAUCACGCCUCGAUCAAAGCAUCGGCUGACGAUCUCGAAGCCGAAAGCGUCAUGCAUGGCCUCAGCAUCCGCCUACUCGGCGGCCUCAUCACGACGACUCCUCAAGGCGCAUCGUCGGAGACCCAGUUGCUCGACUUCGAAGUCGCUCUGAUGAUCCAACGUCUUGCCUUUGACGCAAGGGUGCUCAAUGACGACAGUGUGGAGCGCCUCUCGUCGACUGAAAUGAAGCAGAUCCACUUCGAUACCACUUACUGGGGAUCUGUAAGCCAUCGUCCCGUGCUCCCGCGCGCCGUGCAGCCUCUGUGCAAGGCUUCUUUUGGGGUUCACUCGGUCGACAUCAAGAUUCCUCGCGAUGUCAUCCGUUCCUAUGAGUGAGUGCAAGCAGACUUCGCAUUGCGCUGAUUACCCUGCUGACAUUCUGUCGCUGACCAUUUGUUUAUUGUUGUCAUUAGGCUCGUCGAUAAAUGGAGGGUCGCUGCAUUGCCCGAUGUCGACUCCUUAUUGAUCGACUUGCGUCUCAGUCUCGAGGGUCUACCGCCAACCGCGUACGCUACUCAAAGGAUGCCAGCCCCAGCGGUGAAGAAUCAAACGCCCAAGACCGUUUCGGCGCCAUCCUUCCCGCAUGUCCUGUUGGCGAACGCAAAAGUCGCGGUCAAGAUCAAUUUCCCCCGACUUCUUCUCGAGAUCAACGCGAUACCCUCGCUGAACAUCAUUUACGAGGUCAAGAACGUGGCCGCCGAAGCGAGUUCGAGCGACGUUGUCGCGGCAGGAAAAGAAGCCGUCGGUGCUUUAGAUCUUGGCUUCAGGAUUGGCGCGCAGAGUCUAUGCUUCCUCCCAAUUCGUGGGACUGGGGAAGUGGAGUCUCCGUUACCAGCUGAGACGGUCUUUGCACUCCCUGUGGUGCGCGCAGAGGGCUUCGUCGAUGGCCUUCCUUGCCGCACCGUGCGGGUGGAAGCAGAGGUCGACUCGGUAUCGCUGAAGCUCACGGUCGGCAUUAUCGACUCGAUCUUAUCGAUGCAACAGCACUUUGGACAUGACAUUGACGAGCUUCUGCAGGCUCUACAUGCCAGGCGGGGACCGACGACCCGAGUUCUGGCACCCGAACCCCAACAGGACACCGCCCCGAGCAAGAAGGACCUGGUCCUAUCAGCCCCCUCGUCAAGCCUAUCGUGGAACGCCAGCAUCACCUUCAGUGGUGUUAAAGUUGGACUCGAUGGUCCCCAGGCCACGCAGUGGGUCCAAGCAAAACUCAUCAAAAUUGAAGCCGGUCGUGCGCCACCGCAGCCUUUUGCCCGGCUGCACGCCAAAGUCGAAAAGUUGGGGCUCUCGCUUGAGCAAAGACCUAUGCAAUCCCCGGUGCCCAUGGGCCAACCUUUGGAUCCUCACCGCCUGGCCUUCUUCCAGCUCGAUUUACGUGCCGAUUACAGCAAAGGAAUUCAAGAUUCUUAUGCUCGCCAAGCUUCGUACAACCUGGAUGAACGCACACCGCAUCUGAAACUCACGUUUCCACGAGUUCAUGCGGUCAUGCAGCCCGCCGCUGUUGAAGCCCUCGCUGAUCUGCUCGAUCACUUCAAACUGGAGAUUGAAACACGCCGAGGACUUAGGCAGAUCGAACUCCAAGCCCUGCGCGACCGCUUCACUAAGACAUUGGACGGCUUCGGCAGCGCCGCCGAGCCUACACCAAUGGGAAGCCCUUUUAGUACCCAGAAGGACGACGACACCCCAAUGACCCCUUCAUGGCUAGCCUCUUGCGUGCUAACGCUCGCUUUCACCAGCAUCGGUAUCGCCGUGCCUCUGGCAAGCGAAGGUAUCGCCCCUUCGAUCGUUGAAUCGGACUCCGAGUUGCGACCAGCGUUCCUCCUGUCCAUCGCCUCGAUCAACUUCAACGCCCAAAAAGGGAGCGCAGGUUCCGCCAGUGUCAAUGAUCUAAUGCUACAAUUUGUAACCGAGUUCGAUAUGACGAAGCAGGAGCAUUUCGACGGUUCGAGCCACAGCAUUCGCAACCGUAUCAACUUGCCAAGGAUGAGCUCUUCACUGCGGGCGCCAAAUGGGAAGCCAAUCGUUGUCGAGUCAGAAGUCUCGGGCCUCGAAGUCGAUCUGGAGCCUUCGAUCGUCGCUUGUUUAUACGCGCUGAUGGACAUGUACCGUCUGAGUCACGAGCGCUUUUCUAAACUGGCUUUGCAGCCCGAGACUUCGCCAUCGUCGACUGCAGCGCCUGUCGUGGAUCGGCUCGACCCCUGCCGCCGAUCAUCGUCUUCCUCAAUUGCGCUUCGGAUCCGCGCCACGUUCAAGUUCGAGUCGGGCAAAAUUCGCCUGCACUCUGCGAGGAAGGGCGGCGCCACGGGUGGUGCGUCCACACCGACCGGCACGCCGAGGUCCAGCGUUACACAGCCCAACCACACUCGGAGCGCAAGGUCGCUGCACGACAUCAGGUCUCCCCCGAGAUCGCACCGCUACGGAACUAUUGAUUUCGCUGAUGCACCUGAUCUCAUAGAGCUUCCCGUCGUAUCGGUCUGGGCCGAAACGCAGGAUUCGUCGCCAUCCGAGUUGACGCACUUGCACGUCGGCAUCCGCAUCCACGGCAGCAGCAAUACGCUAAAGCCUACUCUGAUCCCGUUCAUCACGAGUGUCGUCAACGCCAUGAAAAUUCGGUCCGCUGCUCCUACGCAGGUCGCGAUGGUUCGAACAGCGCCCGUCGAGGUCGCAGCGGCGACUGAUCAGUCCGGCGCAUUGGCACCGAGUGCAUUUGGACGGUUCCGGCUCGGUGUAAGCCUCAAGAUCGACGAGUCAUCGCUCAAGAUCACCUGCAACUCAGUCGUUCCGGUGACCGCAACUCUCUUCUGGAACAGCGGAGGAUUCUUACUCACAUGGACCCCCAGCGAGAGAAGGGUCGAGCUUGCGAUAACCGUCGAUGGAAUAUCGGCCGACGUCCGGCACGACCAUGCGCGAGGACUGGAACGAUGUCUCAAUGCUGAGGCCAGAGGUAUCGCUGCCUCGGUAGCAUUCCGGCCCGCCUCAGAUGGAUCAUUGGGCGAGAGCUCUGAUAUCACGUCCAUCACUGUGCUGGUCCCCGAUGUGUCAGCGGCCGCCAACUUCCGGAACCUGCAAGUGUGGAUGUGUUUCAAAGCAAUCUGGGUGGACCGCAUGGAGCUCGACUUUGGCGCCUCGCUUGCAGAUGGCAGCCCUUCGACUUCAUCGCUGGCCUUGCCCACCGCAAGUGCUCCUGUUUCAAGGACCUCUACACUGGCGUUGCUCGAGGUCAUUCGGUUUGAGAUCACUUGCGACCUCGGGCAUUCGAUCGGGCGGGUUAAGCUUUCUGCGGAUGUUCUCAAUGGCAGACUUCGAUGGAUACCCGGCCACUCGAGGCUGGUCUCUUCGAGCGUCCAGAGUCUACGAAUCACGGGCGAAGGCAAAGCCAGUGGGUCGAUCGUAACUGACGGCAUUCUGUUCUCGACUCGACUUCGGGAUGAAGCCAGUGGCGCGAAGGAGAGGGGGACGGCGGAUCUGGUAUGUUAAUUGCUGCGACCGCGAUUCUCCAAGUUGUGAGAAAUCGCGCUAACCUGGUAGCUUGUGAUGAUACGGCUGCGCAGCUUCAGAUCCAGAUUGGCAUCGGAGAAACAAAGGCUACGGUUGACUUCGAGUCGAAAAAGAUGCUGGCGCUGCAGUCCGACCCCAUCGCCGUCGAUGUCAUUGAUGAUUGGUCUCAGACGACCACAGCCAGCGCAGAGCUCGGCCUUGCCUUCCAUGUCAAAAUGGGUUUCUUCGACGUCAUUCUCACGACCGGCACAUUCCCGACUCUGAUCCGUGUGCUGCAUCGUAUCGAGCUCCUCAUCGCCGAGAAGAGUGCCGAGGCCGACAAAUCUCUUGCCGACUCGGGGCUUCCACCUCGGCCGUCGACGAUCCAACGUGGUGCCAACAUCGUGUCGGCUGUUGCGUCCAAGCUUGCGCUCGAUGAUGAGGCCGCCAAAUGUUCAAUCCGCAUCUCGAACGAACUCAAGCUCGAGCUUCUUCGCAUCCGUCUUGCCGUGUUCCCCGAUAGCUUCAACGAGGGACAAGUCUUCCGAUUUGAUGCAGAUGGAGGGGUGCGUGCCAAUCUCACGCGCAGCGUCGAGGCGGACCAGACAACGCAUCGCCAUCUCAAGCUGUUCCUCGGUGGAUUCGUAGGUCCUCCAGUACUUCUGUGAGUAUCGAUUACUAGCACACCCGCUAAUGUAUGCGUCCGAACCUCUCAGUCCGUUCGCAGAGUCUCGCACACCCGACUCACGAACACGCAAGUGGGCGAGUACGACGUGCCCGCUUGGUUCGAGCUCUUCCGAACGUCGAGACCGAGCGUCAUCUUCGAAAUCGGUCUCACCGAAGUCCUGAUGAAAUCGACACAGGCUUUCGGAUCGAACCGACUAUUGCACACUUUCGAAUUGACGUCUGGAGGACAGUACGACGUCACCCUCAACGUAAGACAUUGCCGACGUGAUCCUUCUACCUUUGGCUGACCGCAGAAGCGCUUCCGUCGUAUCCCUCCUUGUAGUACGCGCUCUUGAAGACAUUAGGUAAGGUAACGACCCUUUACCAAGAGCGAAUGGAUCAAGUGAUGGCGGAAAAGGAGUCUUCUGGCCCGAGUGCCUCCACGUCUGAUCGACCCACCCCGCUCAAGCCCCAGCUCUCUGCAGCGUCGCCGACACCAAAACUCGGUGCCGACACAAGCACGUCGAGCGGUCAGAAUUUGGACCCGUCGGCAGGCGAACUGGGGCCCGUCCUAAUGAAGCCGACACCUUUGGUACAAGCUGCGACCGGUUGCCAUGGACCGCUCGAGUUUGUGGCCGUAACCAAUAUCAAGGUGCAAGAGCCCCAAUUCAAACAACUUGGUGAAGGUGAGCCUUUGCCUUUCACCCGUUACCCUCUUCUCGGCCUGUCCCCCACUACGACGAGAUCUUCGUGAUUGACACAUGUACGUCUCUGUUCUCUUACAGCUACGCCACCUCUCAAAUGGAUCGGCGUACAACGCGAAAGAUACCCCGCUUGGGUCCACACCGGUGUAACCAGUCCGCUCGAAGAGAUCCUCAUCUUGCUCUCUGCCACGUGAGUAAAUAUCAGGUUUCCCGAGACACUUGGGCAGUCUCUGAUAAAGGCUCUGUCUGUGUUGUGUGAUAGAUACCACAAUCAAUUGGCCAAGCAAAAGCUCGACAACAGCAAACGCGGUAAUUGCUCACCGCGGCCAACGGCCGCAAGAGACGCAUCACGUGAUGAGACCUAG